AUGGCGUCGGUCAAGUCUCUGGGGUUGCACCCGCCCUUGGGAAUAGACGGGCAGCCAGUCGAUGGGAAACACACCUGGGAAGUCAUGACAGAUGAGGAUGGCGAAGAUGAGCUGUUGACAGUCGGCAACUGUGUCAUCUGGAAGAGGGGUGGUCUGUUCCGGAAGAGCUUCAACCUCGACAUCGAGAAGGACGAGCCCAUUCUCCAAGCCUUGCUAACCCGCUUCCCCACCACCGACACCGAUAACAAUGGCAACGCCUCCAACAACAAGAGCAUGGGGCAUACUAGAGAUGGCAAGGGGAGGAGAGUCAGCCACCAUGGAAACGGCAGUAGCAACGGUAGCACGGACAAGCCCACGCUGGCAAAGGCGCUGGUCGUGUUCCUCAAAACACAGGCACAUAUCUACUUCCUAUCCGGCACGAGUCACAUCGUUCACACGCCCUUCGAGGUCGAAUCUGCCUGCGCUGCCCCUGUCGGUGUGAUCAUCCAGCGCAAACCCAAGACACAGAACCUCGCUCCCGUCAGCCUCAGAUUUCCACGAGUGCCGCCGAGCUCAUUCGUCUCCUCGUACCUGUCGCCUUCAAGCCAGCAGCCACAGAGCGUCACCACCUCCUUUUCAGUGGAGGGUCUGGGCCAACCAAAGGCACUGCCACUGCGCCUCAACACCACCAUGGAGAACAUGUUCGAGACUCCGCUGGAGACAAGUGACUCGCACUGGCCGAGGCUCGUCUGUCUGACGGAUCCUCUGCUGGAGCUAGGGCUUGUCGUGAGUCACUCUCCAUCGUCAGGCCUAGGCGACACGCGCAACAGUUCUGUGAAGUCCCCAUUUCUCGACUUGGCGGAGGAGAUCCUGCACAUAGAGACGGUCCGGGGAAAUUUGACCCUGGCCGUAACUGCCAAUCGGGAUGCCAAUUUGUACACAGUCUGGCAGCUGGUCUAUAUCAAAAACGAGGACGUCUUCACGAAGCACCAGAAGAAACGCAAGGCUAAACCUGGCCGCAGAAGAAGCUCCAUGCAACCCAGACUCAGCAGCGGCGCCACUACGCCCGUCGUGCCUUCAUUUCGCGAGAGCUUGGGAUCUCAAGCACAGCCUCCCGGCAAGAAAAGUCGCAAGAGCGAAAGACUCGAGAAGGCCAAGCCAGAUGACAUCGCCCUGGCUCUUGGCGAGGAGAAUGAGGGGGACAAGAUAAGGAGACAGUCUCGUAGGGUGAGCUCAUUGCUUGCUCGUGCAGAUCUGUCGGCGUCUCACGAGAGAACCACUUUCGCUGAGCAGACCAUCCCUUCGUCUUACACAGAAAGCCGUCGCAUGACGGGCGCGCGUGCACGCCAGAGCGGUGGUCCUGGCCCCUUGAACUUGAGUGCGGCUCACAGCAUGAACAAUCUCAGCCACCUCCUCGACACGCCCAGACCCGACGACCUCCUAGAUGAGCUGGGAGCCUUCCAUGAUAUGGGGCUUGACGACCAUAGCUUUGACGGCCUCACGCGAGAAAUUCUCUUCACCAAGAUCCACAGCGUAGCCAUGGACAAUUCCAAUGUCCGUUACUCAUUGUCAAACCAACCUGCGCGAACCCAAUCAAAGGUUUUCAUCGUCGACGGGCCCCAUUUCGCGAUCGACGAGACUGGAAAGCGGGAGCUUCUCAUCUGUAUACAAGAUGCUCUCGACAAGCGCUUGCAAUUGCUUCCCCUCCGGAUCGAAUGCCAGCAGAAGCUCGAGACAUCGGCCCAUGACGGCGCCGAGGUGACCGAAGACCGUGUGAUCACCAAGAUUACCCCAGAUGUGUUGAGGCGGGCCCAUAAUGUCGCUGACUCUUGCAAGGUAUCUGACGGUGACCAGUCUAUGAUCCUGAUAUUGUCAGAGAACACGGCGGGUCAGAGAGAACUGAGCAUCCAGGCGCCCUGGAGCGCAAUGUCAACACUGGCGCUUCCCAUGCUGUAUGCUGAUAAUCUGGGAAGCUUGGAUUACAUAGGCACUCAUGUCAAUAGAGAGGUCAAAGGUCGCCGUUCCGUUGGUGCAAAGCUAUCUGCCACUGAUAUUGUCAAGAUUCGGCAUUCUAGAUCAUCUGGAGUGGUGGACCUUGAAGACCACAAUGGCAAAACUCAUCGCAUUCAGAUCCAGCUUCAACCUAGGAGCCCACAGGUCCGCAAGGUGCUUCGAGUAUGUCAGAGCGUAUUGCCAACCGAAUCUUCCGAAAAGCUGCUGGCUGGGUGGUGGCAAAUUAUGAAGUGGGCUGAGGACCAGAACAUCGAUACACCAGACCAAGAAUGGUCCUGCCUAGUCAUCGAGAUUCUUAGCACAUUCCUGUCACUUGCUGCUCCGGGCGUGAGCCUUGUCCCUGCACAGUCUACCCCUCGUCGACGAAGGUCUUUGGAUCCAUCUGCUGGAACGUGGGUGAAGAUGAACACACUUGCAGCUCCAAAUGCCUCGGCCUGUCCGCCGUGGAUGCAAUCUCAUGCUUGGCGGUGGAUGCUUGAAGAAGAGACUCCAAAAUUGACACCGACACGAACAGACACGAGCCAUGAGGACUUCUUGACAUCUCAUAUCCGCCUCGCGAAGCUUUUCAUGUCCUCCACUACUGGUCAAGCUGCGCUUGGGUCCGCCGGCUAUCUUCCGACCGCCCCUAAUCAAAGGCUCGACGACCGUGGCAAGGCUGCGUGGGGCAUCGCGUACGGCCUGCAUUUGCUGCUUGAGGAACAGAAGCUAGACGUUAUGGUGCCAGAGUACUCCUCACUCGGUCAAGCAAGCAUAAGGGUUGACAUCAGUCCCAAAAACGACCACGAUCUGUCCACCUUGGGUCUACUAGGUCCACCACAUCCGGUCGGCGUCUACGACUGGAUCCAAUCGCAACUUGCAGGUGACAAGAGCGUUGUGUUUCCAACACUAGCCGAUGUCUACAGUUCUGUCACAGUCAGGAACGUCAGCGCAGAAAAUGCGUAUCGCAGAUGGUCUUCUGUCAUGCCACGUACUUUCAUGUUCAAAAGGUUCCUGGCCUCACUCACGCCUACGACGUCGCAUGUUGAGGUCGUGGAGCUGAUGAACAGAUGCGGCUUUACUAUGGACGUGCUUGAAACGCUGCCCGCAGCCGUGCUGACCCCAUUGAAGGACGCUAUUUCCAUGUGUCAGGCACGGCCGCCCUCUACCUGGCCCGAGGAGCUGUUAACACUUGUACACCGAUCCGACAUUGCCACUGUUCUCAAGCAGCAUCACCCACAGCAAACCUCUGUCGUAAACGCGGCGCCCCCAUCUCACACAGCCACCAGAGACUACAAGGCGAUAUGUGCGACGCUUGAACGUUCGGCCGGCUACGGCCACUUGCCUAAUGAGUCCGCUGACCGCCAGGCAAUAAUCCAUGCAUUAUUCCGUGAAGAUCGACGUCUCAUUGAGGCCGAAAAUAUGUUAUCAACGAGGCAUCACAGAGUUAUUCAGUGUAUUUCUGAGGCCGGUUGGAGCGAGUCAGAGUAUUUAGAAAAGCAGAAAGAGCAGGUCACUGUCGUCGCAACCGGCACCCUAGCCAUACCCGCAGGCCGUGGCCUCAUGCAAUUUGGUCUACGAUUCCCCCUUCCAACAGAGAAAUUUGAUGUCAUGGGCUUCAACCUCACUUGUCUAGUCAAGCCCACAAACAUUCUUGUCAAUGCUGACAAAUCACUGUUCGUGGAAGAGAAGGUCAAUUGGGCCUUUUUCCAUCAAGGUGCCGCCUCUGGUCUACAGGUAUCGCCGCAAGCUAAAGGGAUCGACAACAACUGGAUUAUAUACAACAAGCCGAGCGGGGAGCCUAGCAACCGCCAUGCCGGAUUCCUCCUCGCACUCGGUCUGAACGGGCAUCUGAGGUCUAUGGUCAAGUGGGUGGCCUUCAAGUACCUCACCACGAAGCACACAAUGACGUCUAUUGGCCUGCUUCUGGGACUCGCUGCCUCUUUCAUGGGAUCCACGGACAACCUCAUUACCAGGGUUCUUACCGUUCACGUCACUCGUCUGCUGCCACCAGGAGCUGCCGAGCUCAAUCUCUCGCAUCUUACGCAGACAGCAGGACUCAUGGGCAUCGGCUUGGUGUACUGUCAGAGCCAGCAUCGCCGUAUGAGUGAGAUCAUGAUGUCGGAAAUAGAGCACGAGGGCGAUGAAGACGAGGAGGACCCCUUACGGAAUGAGGGGUACCGUCUCGCGGCUGGCUUCGCACUUGGGCUCAUCAAUCUGGGCAAGGGCACCGAUCUUAGGGGCUUGCAUGACAUGCGGUUAACUGAGAAACUGCUCACGCUGGCGUCAGCCAGCAAGAAAGUUGAGCUUGUCAAUGUCCUUGACCGCUCGGCACCCGGCGCUGUCGUCGCAAUAACCCUGAUCUUCAUGAAGUCAGAGGAUCACAUUGUCGCACGCAAGGUCGACGUGCCCGAUUCCGUCCUGCAGUUUACCUACGUCCGCCCCGACGUGCUUCUUCUGCGCACCUUGGCCAAGAAUCUCAUUAUGUGGGGUCAAGUCGAGCCCACGGUGGAAUGGAUUAGGUCCAGCUUGCCCAAGGAGUACCGAUGGCGUCACCUGCUACAAGGGCCUCGGUCUCUUCGCAGCAAAGACAUGCCUUUUUACUCCAUCCUGGCCGGUCUGCUGUUCUCCAUGGGGCUGCGGUUCACUGGCUCCGGCAACACCCAAGUGCGCGACUUGCUAGUUAAGUACCUAGACAAGUUCAGGGACUUGGCAAAGCAGCCAGCCGAGUGCUACGAUGCCCAGCUAGCGCGCAACAACGUUCAAAUGUGCCAAGACAUUGUCGCCUUGUCUGCCGCAUGCGUCAUGGCCGGCACUGGUGACCUUGAAGUCUUCAGGAGGCUGCGAGCGCUGCAUGGGCGAGACGAUCCGCAGACAUCGUACGGCAGCCAUCUAGCCGCGCAUUUAGCCAUUGGCGCAUUAUUCCUGGGAAGUGGCACAGUCACCUUCAGCACAAGCAACCUGGCCAUCGCAUCCCUUCUCGUUGCCUUUUACCCAUUGUUUCCUUCUGGCAUCCAAGAUAACAGGGCUCAUCUACAAGCCUUCCGACACUUCUGGGUCUUUGCGGCAGAUUCGCGGUGCCUCGUUUCCAAAGACAUCACCACGACCCAGCCUGUCAGUGUACCAGUCAUCAUCAAACUCAAGAGCCCGACACCUCCAGCAGCCAAACAGGCUUCUCCAUCUAAGUCAAGACGCAAAGUUCGCCAGGCUCCAUCGAAACAAAAGCAGGAACCGACAAUAAUCCGCAAAUACACGCCCUGUCUACUUCCGCCACUCGAGGAGAUCUCGUCCGUCCGCACCGAUGCCACAGCCCAGGGGUACUGGGACCUAGAGCUCGAUUUUGAGCACAAGCCGGAGCUGGUGGCUGAGUUUCAAAAGAACCAGUGCCUGCACCUGCGGCAGCGGCCACUGCAUGAGAGCGUCUUUGGGGCGACGCUGCGGGCUCUUGGACGCGAUGAUCUCGUGGGAGGCAGCGACACUGCUGCAAUCUCGGGUGGGGCCACGUCCUUGUCAUCCGGGGGCAGAGACCCGCUCGAGUGGGUGUUCGACCAGCCCGCACUUGCCAGUCUCACUCACGCCGAGCGGGCGAUGGUGCUUGACCGGCGCGGUGGCGAGGGCGGGAGCGAGGAGGCGGCUACGACGGAGGUUGAUGCGCGGCUGGCGCUGGAGAGUGGGCUGGAUGGGUGGAGCCGAGAGAAUCUUGAGGGGCUGCGGCUAUUGUUUGAGUGGUCUGAGGCGAGAAAUGUGUCCGGAAGUAGUAAGCAGACUAUUUCCAAAGGCAAAGACAAGGAGUCUGAGGGUGAUAUUAGUGGCGAUGAUAGUAACGAGAGCGGAGGGUGGUGGUUGAGGGAUAGCGUGAUUGAGAUGUUGAAGGGCAAAGCAUGGCUUGCUGCCUGUGAGGAGGGUGGCUGA